CCAGGUCCCAUAAGGUUCCAGGUGUGCUCCAACCCUUCCCCACAUUCCUCUGGAGCCCCCAAAGAUGCCGCUACACGAAGAUCCCGACCUGAAUAGCCUCUCUGCUGGAUCGUCAAAUGGACUUGGCAGCGGCAAAGAUGGAACAAAGAGGAAUCUAAGGCCUCGACAUAUACAACUGAUUUCCAUGGGCGGGGCGAUCGGCACGGUCAUGUUUGUGCAGAUCGGUUCUGCGCUGGCGAUCGGUGGACCAGGGAGCCUAUUCGUGGCGUUUCUACUGUGGUCGACAGUCGUACUGGCGGUCAACAACUGCCUGGCGGAGAUGGUUUGUUGGAUCCCGAUCUCUUCACCCUUCGUAUGCGUGACUCCGCCCAGGCUACUUUCUCUUCUGAAACUAUGCCACCAGGUUAGAUUCGCAGACCGCUUCGUCGAUGAAGCUCUCGGCGUCGUGAGCGGGCUGAAUCUCUUCAUCUACAUCGCCAUCGGAAUUCCAUUCGAGAUGGCGGCGACGAAUCUGAUGCUCCAAUUCUGGACGGACAAGAUUCCAGUGCUCGCUGUUGUGGUGGUUAUGAUUAUAGCCUACACGGCCUUCAACGUGUUUGCCGUGCGGCUGUAUGGUGAGGUGGAGUUCUGGCUGGCGAUUGGAAAGAUUGUCUUGGCUGUGGGACUUUUCUUGUUCACACUGGUGGUGGCCCUGGGUGGCAAUCCUGAACACGAUCGAUUUGGGUUCAGAAAUUGGGAUAGCUCCAAAGUCCCGAUCCAGGGUGCGCCAUUUGCUGCGUAUGCGUUUCCGGGUGCGAGUGGUCGUUUCACCGGUUUCCUGAGCUGUCUUGUGCAAGCGGCAUUUACUAUGUCCGGUCCCGAGUACAUCGCAAUGACCGCCGGAGAAGCUGCGCAACCCCGUCGCACGAUGCAUCGAAGUUUCUCCUCCAUCACAUUCCGCCUGGUCAUGUUCAAUGUUCUCGGUGCCCUGUCUGUCGGGGUGCUUGUUCCACACUCCGACCCUGCCCUGCUUGGAGCCUCCGAGCAUGUCAAACGGGGUUCGGGAACGUCGCCAUACGUCAUCGCGAUGACGCGCCUGCGAAUCCCCUUUCUACCCCAUGUAGUCAAUGCGCUGGUGAUGUUGUCCAUAUUUUCUGCAGGGAACAGCUACGUGUAUACUGCCAGCAGAACGCUGUAUGGGAUGGCGUUGGAAGGACAGAUGCCCCGCGUCUUUGCCCGCUGCAGCAAGAGAGGUGUCCCGAUAUAUGCAGUUGGGGCCUCGAUGUUAUUCUCCUCGAUGGCAUUUCUCCAGCUGAAUAAAGCAAGCGCUGUCAUCCUGCAAUGGAUCACUCUUGUUGCCACUGUUGGCCUGAUGGUUGACAAUGCAAUAAUCUCGCUCACAUACCUGCGAUUCAGAGCCCUCCGCAAGGUGUGCGAGAUCGAUUUGUUCGAACGGGAGAGGGCAAGUGUGGAUGAUCGGGAUUGUAUGUAAUUAUUCAACAAAUACGGAAUCUACCAUUCAACGAAUACGUAUUUAAUUUCGCAUGCCUAUGCUGCCCAGGGGGACAUCUACGGUCGAUUUUCG